UAGCCGAUCUAAAUAAUAGACAGUGGUUGGCAGUCAUCUGACUUCCAUCAGGUGAUUAGUUUUUGUUGAAAAAUUUUGAAGAAAAGUAAUUUCUUUAAUCGUCAUGGCACUACAUUCGGCACAAAAGGGAAAGCUCAUUUCUGUCAUUGGAGACGAAGAUACCUGUGUUGGGUUUCUCUUGGGUGGAGUUGGAGAAAUCAACAAAAAUAGACAUUCAAAUUUCAUGGUAGUCGAUAAAAACACAGCAGUCAGUGAAAUUGAGGAUUGUUUCAAGCGAUUUAUCAAGCGGGACGACAUUGAUAUCAUCUUAAUCAACCAGAACAUCGCUGAAAUUAUAAGGCAUGUGGUGGAUAAUCACAAUAGCCCCAUACCUGCAGUAUUGGAAAUUCCAUCUAAGGACCAUCCCUAUGAUUCUUCAAAAGAUUCUAUUCUGAGACGUGCAAAGGGAAUGUUUAACCCCGACGAUCUGCACUAAGAUUGAAAUAAUAAACAUUGCUGUAAAAUUAACCAUUCCUCUGUUGUAUAGCAAAUUGCGGUAUUUUAGAUGUAACAAAUACUAAGAAUUACAAAAUAUAUAAAUCAUUAAUAAAA